CCCCCCACCCAGGAAAAGAGUCGGGAACAAAGGGCGCAUUUCUGGCCCGACUCUUGCGAGCUCUUGAGGCCGACGUCGAGAGGCUGGGAAGGCAAAGGGACCCCGUGCGAUCUUCUCCCAUUUUUUUCGCCUUAUUUGACAAUUUGCAACAUAGAUGUCCCUUAGUGGGGAGGAACGAGAGUUGCGCUGUGUGCUGAGUUGGUUCUGUAACUGGGAAGACCACCAGAAAGAGCAGUUCCUUACAGUCCUUGUGGAAAAGGCCGUUCCUCCUGAUGUCGACCAACUCUUUAGGGGCUUGGAUCAGCUUAAUCUUAAUGGGUGUUGUCAAUCUGUGAUACAAUGCCAAUUGAAGCUGUUCUCUCAGUGGUUUGACAACUGGAGCGACCAACACCGUAAUCGCUUUCUCUUUAAUCUGCAGCUGAAGGACCCAAGUUUUGUUGAGAAGUUCCAAGCCGUUGUCAACCAGAAAACUUGAUUAAGAAGGAGAGCACCACAUCAUAUGGGAUCAAACAAAUUCAUGAAUGGAAGACAGAAGCAUACAACAAGAUUCGGAAGAGGAAAGGAAUUAGGAUUUUAAUCAGGUCCGCUAGCCUCCAAAACAAGGAAAACCAAAAGAAAAUCCAUCCCAUUUCCACAGCCAAAUUAAGAGUCGAGUCAUCAUGCCGCAGCAGCACACAACGGCGGACCAGGUGAACUUCCUGACGCAGUGGUUCACCAGCUGGUCGGAGAUGCAGAGGGAGGAUUUCAUGCCCAUCCUCAUUCAGGCCUAUCAACCUAAGGACCACAUCAACGGCCUUCUGGGGGGUAUGGAUGCCUUGACAGUCCAUGGAAGAAGGCCCUCUCUCUUUGACUGUCAGGUGAAACUAUUUCAUGACUGGUUUGGAAACUGGGCAGAGAGUGAGAAAAGCCGCCUGCUAGAACAGCUCCGUGUGGCAGACCCGGAUUUCAUGGCCCAGUACGACAAGCAGAUCAGCAGCAGCUCCCCUACAGCGCAGGAGGAACCCCCAGCCCCAGUGGAGAGCCUGGAGGAAGGCCACAACCCCCCCAGCUCCGUCAGCUCCCCGCCCAGCACGCUCCCUCGCUCCCACAGCCCCCACGACUCGGGCUUGGACGAGCCGCCCAGCGACAGCGACCACACCGAACCUCACAGCCUGGACUCCAGCCAUGAGCCGGAGGACCAGAGGAUGGCCAAUUCACAGGUAGCAUCAGAGUGUGUCACUGCUCCCACGCCUCCCAUGAAGCCCUGCAUCAACCCGCCAACAGAAAACGCCGUGUGCCAGAAGCCAGAGGUGCUGACCAAUGGCUGUGGUGACGUCAUCAACUCCGCUCCAUCAGAGCAAGUCCUAACCACAGCGUCCAUGGAGGAAGGACAGGUGGAGCAGUAGAGGUACGGUAUGCUGCAAUAUCUUCAAACUUCCUUUUCUUACUCUAGCAUCAUUGGUUAUAUGAUAUUGUAAUAUUACUUUUGUCUUUACGGUAGAGAAAUUUUGCUUUUGGAAAUAAAAACGCAGUAAACCAAAACAGACAAGAGUAAGAAAAAAAACGUCAUUCUAUUUUCCGUGUACCUGCUAAAGAUAAAUAACUUUUUACAGUUAGUGUACUAGGAAUAAAUGAUUAUAAUACUGAGGUUGUUCUCUGCUUUCAUUAGGUAGUUUUCCAGAUUUUUUUUUUUAUUCAUCGAGAUUUACAAUUACAUACUCUAUUGUGAUUUAUACAGUGAGUGAGUAAAGGAGUCAUAUUUUCAUUAUAUAGAAAUAUAUUUUACUGUUCCAAUUAUAGAUCACAUACUCCAUACCAGAAUAUAGAUUAGUGAUGUAGUACCUGGAAACUGGUGAGCAAGUGCAGCUUAUCAAUAUAUUUUUUAUCAGAAUAUUAGAUCCUAUAAGAAUACAAUUGUAAAUCAUUCCAUUACUUUACUUCAGUUAUAUAUAAUUAGAUAUUGAGUAUCAUCACACAGGAUGUUGUUAAUGAUCAUAAAUUCCAUCAGUGCUUCCAGGCAUCUAGAGAUUAUGAAAACUAGGAUAAAAGACUUUAGUACAUGAGGUGUGAUCAGUUCAUCAAAGACUUCUGCACAAAGUAUGCUAUAAUAUUCAGUAUUUACAUAUCGGCUUCUGCUGUCUGGAUGCCGUCGCACCAACGUAGAUUGUAUGGAUUGGACACGAAUAUUGUGAAACAGAUAUCCUGCAGUUGGAUUAAGGAUUUUACUUAACUUUUACACUCUACUUAUUCAGAAUGAUCUUUGUUAUGUUCCUUUGAAUUAUUCUUAUAAUGCAAACGUCUGAUGGUGAUGUAGCUUUUAUUUUUUCUAAGUCUAUUUCCUCUUGGGCUCCUCUUCAUUCUCCAUUAUGUUUUCCUUUCUCUUUCUUUCAUUCCCGCUUAAUUUCUGAUCAUUUUCUCACCAUCGUGCCCAUGGGAUUAGCGUUUAUAUUUACUCUGUGCAUCCGUAUUUAAAAAUGUAUUUAAGAAUAUAAAUGUUUAUAUCAGAAUCUUGCCGUUAAGAUAUUAAUGUAUCAAAUUAUAAAACUACCAAUAUGUUUGCAUGAGAUUUUAUAUAUUUUUCAUUGUAAUUGAUAUACAUCCUUGUAUGGGAGGAGAUUCAUCAUAGUCAUUAAAAGGCCAAGUUGAUAUUUAUUUGCUCUGAACCACUGAUAUGUGGAAGUAAAUGUUACAGAGAAAUCUUUGCAAUGUCUUUAAAUUGCCUUUAAAACUAAUUGAAUUGAAUUAGUUUAAAUCACUUAUUUUUCUAUUAUUAUUUUAUCCUAUGUUUAUUUUUUUUACUGGUUUUCCUAUGUUAUUUUUUAGGGGGGAUGGAACAAUGCCGUGUGUCUGCAUAUCAGAAAAUUAUCUCUUCUUAUCUCCCUUCAAGUCCUCCACUUCUUUCUCCAUUUAUAAGCCUUCAGUAGUCUUUUGUUAAAGGUACUUAACAUUCCUAUUUAUAAUACAUCACAUUCCAUAUUAGUUUGUAUAUUCAUUAUCUUUAAUACCUAAUGCUAAUGGUCAUUCUGUUUAAAACUUUUUCUGUGUUCUACUGCCAGGAUUUAGACAUAUCACUUUUCAGCAUAAUGUGUACUUGCAGUUGUUUGACCAAGAAUUAGAGUGUAUCCUACCAGUAGGGUACCAGUGAAAAGAGAAUUUGAAUGUCAGUGUAAUAUUACAACAAAGCAAAGAAAUGAUCUUUUAAAGAGGGUAAAAUUGUGGUAGAUAUUGUAUGGGAUGGUAUGUUAGAUAUAUGCUAGAUGUUAAAAGUUUCUUUAAAAUAUUGUGCCUUACAAUCUGUGUUAUGACACAUAACUUUAAAGAUACUAUUGGAAGCUAGUGUAUAGUAUUCAGGCUUCCCCGGAGUGCUAUAUAUGCCUGGUAACGAUUUUGUUAUUUAACACUCAUACAAACAUGUAUUCUGCUGAUAUAUGUCAUCCAUGGUAUAAUAUCACUGCAAUUUUACUCAGUUAUUAUAUAACCUUUUCCCUCCAGCCUAAAGGGCACCUAUUCAAACCUGUGUGAAUCUCCCAAAUAUUGUAAAAUAACUGGUUCAAGGUCUGUUGUUGAUAUAUAUGUUUGACAGUGAUAUAUUCAUGAUAAAUGGCAUAUGGAAAUAUAUUAGUAGAUCUGUCUCUUAUGAAAAAGACCUUCAGUAAGAUGCAUUUAUAUGAUAUAUUAAUAACAUUGCUUGUGAUAUAUGGUUGAAAUACUUAAGCCUUUGGUCUCUUCUUAAAGUCACAAGAACUUUUAUUGAAAUUUGAUUUCAGUUUGUUAGUUGAGUACGAUAGACCAAAAGUAAUCAGACGUGAUGUUCCUUUAUCAGGUAAGAGAAUGUCCAGCCAUCAUUUGCAUAGGUAAAGGUGCAACUUUUUUCUGUGUAGCUAUGUCUUUCCAAAGCAUUUUAUGGCAAAAACAAGAUUUUAUUGCUAUAUAUUUUUUGACACAUAUAGGAUGUACAAAAGUAUGAAUAUUAAAUAGUUUAAUCCUGUUUAUGUGGAUUAUUCAUAUAUCAUAUGUGUAUUGAAUGGGCCAAGUGGUUAUUGUUAUCUUCAUAAAUAAAAUGUUUUCUGAUAAUAUGA